AUGUCCCCACCAAAUUACAAGCUAAAGCCGCUUUCUCCUGCGAUAUCAGCCUUUCAAUUUCCCGGGAAACAGCCUGAAAGCCCUCUCAGAUGCGUUACAAGUCCAGUGGUGCCUGAUGAUUAUUUCGGCCAACCCAUCUCAUCCAACAACAGCAACUACAGCAAGGGAAAAGCUGCAAUCACUCUUGCGCAUACAGAUAGCAAAAACGAGUACAUUUACAGAAACAAGAUUGUUGUUCUGGACAAAGAGACCAAGCAGAAACUGCGAGAUAUGGGAGAAAUACCACUUGAGAACGAAUGGACCUUUUGGUAUGACAAAUUUGUGCCUAAUCUACCAGCAACUGAUUAUGAAGCGAAUCUACAGGUCAUUUCUUCAGUGAAAACAGUGCAGAAAUUUUGGGCUGUUCACAAUAAUAUUGAUGGUCCUGAUAAACUUGGAUUCAGGAGUACUUUUCAUUUUAUGAAGAAGGGCAUCAAACCAAUUUGGGAAGAUCCUCGCAACGAGUAUGGUGGCUCAUACAACUUUAAAAUCAACAAACAGCAUACGGUUUUGGCAUGGAGGGACAUUUUGGUAUUGCUCAUUGGCGAGAAUAUGGAUUGGAUCAAGAAUACAGUGUACGGCGUCUCUGUGUCUUGUCGCCAACAUGUAGACAACUACCAAAUCUGGACUGCACACAGCAAUUCAAAGAUCAGUGAUACACUGGUGAGAUCAACAUUGACAGAAUUGUUGUAUCCUGCUGAUAUUCAAUCCUUUUAUUUUAAAAUGCAUACAUCCCAUGCUGAUUUCAAGCCAACAACACCAACCACGCCCACUCUGAUACUGAGACCAAUAGAAUCGAGAACCAAGAUUACAGAAGAAAGCAUCGAGAAGGUGGUUCAGGAUAUCGAAAGGCUCAAAUUACGGGUGCAAUGA